UAUCUAAUAUUUGCAGAUCGUCACUAAAAAAAUAUUAUUCAACGUGUUUAUGAUAAUUUCGAUUUAAUGUUCACUGCAAAACUAUAUAAACGAACAAUUGCUGGCCUUGUAUCAUCACUGGUUGUUCCGCAUUAGCACCUAACAGUUUCAGUUUUAUACAACACACCCACAUAACCAUGAAGCUACUGUUGUUGUUUAUUGUCGCAAUGUCUGCCUACACCGCUAACUGCGCGCUUACAGACGCUGAAGUUUCACAAAAAUUCAACGAAUUUAAAUCCAAAUAUGGGAAAACAUACGCUGAUGCGAAUGAAGAAAAUUUUAGAAAGCAGCUAUUUGCAAAGAAUCUAGAGAAGAUUGAAGAACACAAUAAAAAGUAUGAGCAAGGGCAAGUCACUUAUACCAUGGGUGUUAAUCAGUUUUCUGAUUUAACUCCUGAGGAAAUGAGACCUUACACACAUGGAGUUCUUCGUCCUCAGAAUUAAAGUAGACCGCAUUUUAUUCUUUAUAUAUUAUGUACUUGUUACAAUGGAAAUAAUCAAAUAAAGCUAUUGUCAACAAA